AUGGUUGCUCUAAGGUGCGGUGGCGGCGGCGGCGCAUACACGGCGGCGCCUAGAAUAACGGCACCUCAGAACGGAGAUGGCCGCUCCGGCACCCCUACCGUGCGUCACAGGAUCAGGGAGCUUCCCCUGAGGACAGUGUCUUGUUCUGCCGGUUCUCCUCCUCGGGCGAAGAGGCGCUGCUUCCAGAAUAGGGGAGUACCUGAGGGGUUGGAGGCGUUGAAGGCGGCCACCGCCGACAUGUUCCGCCCCCUGCGCCUCAACCUUUCUGACAUGCGCUCUCUCGGCACAGUUUAUGACCUCGAAGACCACCAGAUUGGCAUGAUCUUCGGUGCUUUUGUUGGAUGCGUUUGCUGUUACCAACUCUGGAGGGCAUCCCCUGCCAUAUUUGUUGAUGCUGCCCUUGGCUACAUCAUAUACAAGCUUAGUGUUGUAUCCUCGGAGCUGCAUCAGCUGCGCAAAUCCAACAGUUUAAUUACCCGGCUAGAAUUCGGGGUCAUACUUUUCAUGGUCCUCAAGGAUUUCAGAAAUAAAUAUGUACUUCUUGAUGCUGUUAGGUUGCCACUUUUCUUUCUGUACCUUGGUGCAUUCAUGUUUGACGUGGCGGGAUUGAAGAAGUAUGGGAGGCGUAUUCUGAUUUCUUUUAUUAAUCUACUGAAAAUGAGAGGCGGAAUAAAAGAAAUAUUCAGGAUUAUGUGGUAUCCUGGCUACGUUUCUCCUUAUGAUGACUCGUUUGGCCAAAGAUAAGCCUUGGGGUUUGUCUGUUCUGAGGAAUCUCCAUGAACACUUAAUGUAAGCAACAUUAGAAGUUGUGAGAAUUCUUUAAACAAGACCGAUUCUAGGGGAGAUGUUCUAUAUACCUGCAAUCAAGGUCGAACAUCAGGACCAAUGUUGAAAUAUCGCUGUCACUGCUUUUCAGUUUCA